UGUUGACCUGUCGUACACUGUCCAGUGGAACUUGAGAGAACUCGACCUCCCCACGAACUAGAAGCCAUUCAGUGAAACCAGACUGAGUGACAGAGGAAAGUUUUGUUGGACGUCAAUGGUGCCGUGGUAUCUAGCAAUUUCCUCUGGCAGACGUUUCAAGAAUUAAUCCAUGUUUUGAUUAAGAGGAAAACAAAUAUCUAGAAUCUCAUUAAUUCCAACAUGUGUGAGUCAGUGAACUGUAGUGUGGUCAAGGUGAGUGACCUGCUGUCCCCAACUUCCAUCAACUUCUCGGUGGCCAUCUUGAUUUGUGUGUGCCUUGUGACGGCUAUGGGCAACGUCAUGUUCUUGGUGACGGUGUGGCACACGAAGCGAAUGAGGAGGACAUUGUACAUCCUUCUUACCAACUUCUUCAUCACCGAUUUAGUGUUUGUCGGCAUCAGUCUCCCGCUCAACAUCGCCACUUUUCUCGCAGACGGGCCUCCUUUCGGAUAUGUCGUCUGCUAUCUGAAAACCUACAUCACCUACGGGACAAUCAGCACGUCUGCUUGUGUUCUCACUUCAGUUGCAGUGUACCGACUUCUGCAGGUCUGUUACAACCAUAUCUACAUCCGAGUCAUUUCGAGGAAGUGGUUACUGAGCGUGUCCAUUUGUCUGUGGGUGACUCCUGUCGCCUUCUGCGCAGGAUUUGGAGGUUCUGUUACCUACGACCCCCAGAGAUAUUCAUGUGCAUACACAAACAUCUCCCUCACCUACAUCCUGGUGUGUUGCCUGUACCUCCCCCUCAUCUUCACCGUCGUCUUCUGCUACGUCAAAAUCUACCUCUUCACGAAGAAGUCACGUCAACGGGUGGAAGUGCAUUCAAUUCAACACCAAACCAACAUGGGUGCCCCGUCUACAUCCUCCAAAAAGAGAGAUGACGUCGUCUUCAAGAUGAUGCUGGUAGUUUUCAUGGAGAUUCUCUUCUUCUAUGUAAUUCCCGGUGUGUUAAACUCCCUGAUCAACAUUGUGCCCUCGGCAUCCAAACCGCGAGUAACGUUGGCAGCUUUUCACCUAUUUCGUAUCCGCCCCUGUGUGAAUGUGAUCACCUGCAUCCUUACAAACAUGGAGCUACGGAUGACCUUGAGGGACUGUUUCGGGUGUGCAAGAGGGCACUCAAUAAACAGCGAAAGCUAGAUUGUAUGCUACUGCUCCAGUCAGCGGAGAUAAGUUCCUUGACAAAGUAAACGUUUGGUGUUUCCGACAUCGUGAUGCCCGUAUAUGUAUAUUUCAAGAUGUCUUAAACAUAAAUUUGUAUAUUGUUUAUCCGCUCUAUUUUUCGCGAAUACCUGGUAUCAUCACCAUUUAAUAGUGACCUAUAAUCACAUCGUAUCUCAUACUGUGGCAAUCACUGGAUAGAAUUAAUUAAUUAAUUAAUAGAAUAAUAUAAUCUACGUUUUCAAAGAUAACCAUCCAUAAAUUCUUAUUGAUGUACUUUUCAUUUCUUUCACAUUGUCAUAGAUGUGCGGGCAUAAAAUCUACUUGAUCGGUAAAUGUUAUGGAAUAAGUCUACUUGCGAUGAUUAAUCUUUAAAAUUGAAUAAGAAGACACCUUUCCCUGUCGCCACCUAAGUUAUUAUUUCACCAAAAUAAGUGCACGUUAACAAGAUUUGUAAUAUUUCACUUGAUUCCGCAUAUCUAACAUCUACUAUCUUUUCGUAUUUAAAAUUGAUCUUCCAUGAUCUAGAAUUUAUGUUUUAUGUUUGUCGUGUAUAUUUGUCUUAAUAUAUUG